AGAGAGGGAGGACAAUCCCACCAAGUUCCAGGCUCUCUUGGGGCACUGGCAGAAACUAGAGGCUGAAGCUGCAGGGGCCAAGACAACCUACAGAGACAAGCUCAGAGAGGAAAAAUCCACACGAAUGACUUUCAUUGAGGAAAUGAAAAAAUUCCAGAAUGAUUCUGACGCCUUUGAAAUGGCUCGUCUUGAAAACCUAAAGGACGUUUUGGGUUUGAUGUUGAAGAGCAACAAAAAUGUAGAGUUUCAAAGGAAAGAGAAACUGAAGGCAAUAUUUGAAGAAGGUAUUUCUGAACUUGAAAAGUUGGACAUCGAGAGAGAAAUUGCUGUCUUCAACCAGUUCUACGUGUAUGAGCAUAAGUUUCCACAGGAAGAGCUUCACCCAUCAGAAGUCAACGAACAAAAGGCAAGUAGGACAUCAGAGGAGAAAUCCGACAUGGCAUCAUCAAAGAAGUGGGCCACAUCAAGAAAGUCCAUGGUGUCAGAUGUUGUUCAAAUCCUGCCAGCCAGAGACAACACAACUGUGUUUGUACAGACCAGGGUAGAUUCAGAUGAGGACUCAUGGAAGCAUUCCAGUCCCAUAACUGUCACUACCCCGAGGCUGGUGACUGCAUCCCAACCACCUGAUGUUGAGAUUCCCAACGCUGUGAUGGAGACAAUAACAUAUAGAGCUCCCGUCAUCAAGGAGACCAUAGUGGAAAAUUUCAAGGGCCUCUCGGACUCCGACUCUGAUGUUGACACCCAGACAAUGAGUCCAUCACUUCCAAUGACCCAAUCUUCAGACCCCAAGAGCAUCUUGAAGUCAGCAGCAGGCAAGAAGGUCAAAGUGUAUGCUCUGAAGGACUUCACUGCUCGCUCAGAGGAUGAACUGACAUUCAAAGCAGGACAAAAGAUUUACAUCAGUGACCAUGAAUCUGCUCCUGAUGUCCGAGCAUAUGGAUACAUUAAGAAGGGGAAGCUGAUGAAGAAGAAGAAAUAUGGCUUCUUUCCUACACAGCUGAUCACCACAGUUAAGUUGACAGGCAAACACUCCUUCUUGAAGAAGAAAUCCUCCAAGAAGGGUACUGAUGGAAAGUAAGAAAUCUUAGAUAUGUUUACUGAUGGAUUUCCCUAACGGACUUGGCUAUGAACUCUUCAACGAUUUGGAACUGCGAAUGUUUUUAUAUUUGUUGAUUUGUUUUGACAUGGAUAUAUUGUUUACUGUUCUUAUUGGAACAAUGCUAUUUCAUCUGUGAUAUUUCUUUGAUAGUAUUUAAUGAUAUAGGUAUUUAUAAUUGCAUGCAUUUUUUAUGUGAUUCAUUGGUGGAUUGUUUUGGAUCAGAGUACGCAAUAACUUUAUGAUGCAAUUUGUUUAUAGGAUUGACAAUGUUCAGUCACAAUUAAUGACCUGUGUGAAUCUUCUUUAUCAAUAUAUUUUGAUUAAUAUAAAUGUAUAAACUUGGAUACUG